AUGAUUUCCAGCGUCCGAUCUUCCGCCCACGGUCCCUUUUGCGAUUCGCGGGCGCUGGCUAGACACGAGGGCCCCGAAAUCGAGCUCGCCACCGAGUACGCCCUCUCGGACCGCCUGUUCACCGUCUGCAUGACCAUCUUCAUAUUUCGCGGCCAGCCCGACACCUACUAUAACCGGCACGUGUUGCUCUACUUUUCGUCCCCCGACUGUUCGACCUUGCACGAAACGAUACAUACCCAGCGCCAGGAAGAGGGUGCGCCCUGGAACGUCUAUCGUCUGCCAGGCAAGACGGAUUGGUCCGAGCCGUCCAACUACCUCGCUCACGUCAACGCUGGCGCCAUAAUGGUCCGUGGCGAUUCCGUCAUGGCGCCCGUAUCAGUCGUGGCGGCGACGCCUGUCGCGGGUCGACACAAGGAUGGCGGCUGGAACUGUCAAAAUUUUCUGCUCGAGGGUCUGCAAGCUCUUGUGCACCAGGGCAUGCAGUCGCAAGAUUGGUACGACGCGGUAGAAGAAGAGCUUCUUGACAAGGUCAUCGAGGGUGCUGUUGGAUGA